CUGUAUGGUCCAGUCUGGUUCUGACAACACUGAUUCAAUCAAUAUGAGUGCCAGCUUGGUCUGCUCGUCCAUCUAGUUCUUGGUAGGGUACCCUUUUCUGUAUGUCAACGGCUUCUUUUGGCUCACUACCCUUUUGUUGAUUCCGAUCCAACUGUCCUUAGCUUCAGAUCAGGUACUCCGCCUACACAUUUCUGGUGUAUGGUACAAUCUGUCUUGGCCGUUUUCCACCGUUGACUCCAGAGUCCAGAUGCGUUAACGACCAGUUCUGCUCUUGUACCAACCGGUGUGACGGUGACCGCUUUCUGGUGAGAAUGUGGCAGUCCACCGGCUAAAAGCUGGUGGUUGGCGCGUUCCCAGUUCUGUGCAUCGUCUUCAGCCGUGAAAACGUCCCAAGAAGCUUGGAGUUCACGGAGCCGAGGGCCCCACCGCCGUUUCCUUCCGUGAUGUGUUUUUCUCUUUUUCGCUAACUAUUCCUUUCGUGAAGGUAAUAAAAAGCUUGGGUUCUUGUAUAGCUUCUUGGUGGCGUUUACGCUAAAGCUGUGGAACCUAACAACAACCAGAAAACGGUUGGUUCUCAUUCCUUCUUCUGCAACCAUAGACGCUGUGGAUAAACAGAGGAUUUCUGGACAGUAUUGCUUUGGUAGGCGGUAAAUUCCUCUUCUAAAGAAGUUUUCUGGUCAAAAUCUGUGUUUGUUGUGAGAAAAAAAGUUGGAACCAGAAGAGUUUUCUCCAGAUAAAUUGGGAAAUACUUGGGCUUCAAAGGCGGAUUUUUGGGUAUUGGAGGUUGUUUCGUUGAAACAGAAUCGGGGGGUUUGUGUUUUGGAUUGGAUUUCGCAGAGAAGCUCUGUCACGGUCCUAACGGAGGAGAGACCGACCUUCGUUGGGUGAGGGUCUUUGAUAGGUAAUUGGGUUGGAGCUGCAAGGAUUUGUUUAGAAAUAAAACAAGGACUCUGGGGUUUGCUUUCUUCUGUCUUGGGGUUUCCAAUGGGGAAGUCUGUCGGGAAGAAGAAGAAGAAGCAGGUAGGCGGGAAAUCUGGCGAGGAAAAUGUGAAGCAGAGCAAAGCAGGACAGCCGAGCUCCAAAGCCUAUGACAAUGACACAGUUAUCUUCAUCGCAAUGUCACAGGAACUGAAGGAUGAGGGGAACAAGCUGUUCCAGAGGAGAGAUCACGAAGGAGCCUUGUUGAAGUAUGAGAAGGCUCUUAGGUUGCUUCCGAGAAGCCAUAUAGAUGUCGCCCACCUUCGGAGUAACAUGGCGGCUUGCUAUAUGCAGAUGGGCAUCGAUGAGUACCCCCGAGCAAUCAAUGAGUGCAACUUAGCUCUUGAAGUCUCCCCCAAUUACAGUAAGGCUCUGUUGAAAAGAGCGAGGUGUUACGAAGCUCUGAAUAGGCUGGAUUUGGCCUUCAGAGAUGCUGGUGCUGUUCUGAACAAGGAACCGAAUAACCUUAUGGCGCUGGAAAUUGCAGCAAGAGUGAAGAAGAUGCUUGAGAAAAGUAGUGUCUGGAUGGAUGAUGAGGGAGUUGUUCUGGCUCCAAAACAGAUUGAAGAACCCCCUUGUGCUCCUACUCCAGGAAGAUUAGUUAAAGAGAAAGGGAAAAAGAAGAGUGACAAGGUUGUGGAGAAGAAAGUUGAAGAUGAAGUGGUUGUGGAGAAGAAAGUCGAAGAUAAAGUGGUUGUGGAGGAGACUGUUUGUAAUACCAAGGAAAAAGAACCCCCAAGGACUGUAAAAUUGGUACUUGGGGAGGACAUAAGGUGGGCUCAGUUACCAGCUAAAUGCAGCAUUCUGCAGGCCAGGGACGUAAUCCGAAAGCGAUUUUCAAGCUCAAAGUCCUUUCUCAUUAAAUACAAGGAUAAAGAAGGUGACUUGGUUACUAUCACUACUACUGAAGGGCUGAGAUGGGCUGAAGCAUCAGCUGAACCACAUGAUGCGGUCAGGUUGUACAUUGUGGAAGUCAGCCCCCAGCAAGAGCCAUUACUGGACGGUGUAGGUAAUGGGAAGGUCUAUAGGCUUGAGAGAAACAAAGAUAAUGUUCUGGACAAUGGGAGUUUAGGAAAAGUAGGGGAAAUAGAAAGAGGGUCUUUUUAUAUGAAUGAUUGGAUUGCCCAGUUUUCUCAGUUGUUUAAGAACCAUGUUGGGUUUGAUUCAAAUGCAUAUUUGGACCUUCAUGAGCUUGGGACAAAGCUUUGCUCAGAAGCUAUGGAGGACACUGUUACAAGCGAAGAAGCGCAGGACAUUUUUGAUACUUCAGAGAAAAAGUUCCAGGAGAUGGCUGCUCUAGCCUUGUUCAACUGGGGAAAUGUUCACAUGUCCAAAGCAAGGAAGAGGGUGUUCCUCACCGAAGAUGCUUCAAGAGAAUCUGUAUUUGCCCAGGUUAAAAUUGCUUAUGAGUGGGCACAAAAAGAAUAUGUGAGAGCAGGAAAAAGAUAUGAAGAAGCUCUAAUGAUCAAACCAGACUUCUUUGAAGGUCAUCUUGCACUCGGGCAGCAACAGUUUGAGCAAGCAAAACUUUCUUGGUGUUACGCAAUUGGAACUAAGGCUAAUUUGGAGACAUGGCCUUCUGCAGAGGUACUAAAUCUUUAUAACAAUGCCGAGGACAACAUGGAGCGGGGAUUCCAGAUGUGGGAGCAGAUGGAGGAGCAACGUCUGAACAAAAUUUCCAAACAGAAUAAGGUCAGAGUGCAAUUGCAGAAAAUGGGGUUGGAUGGACCAUUCAAAGAUAUAUCAGCAGAAGCUGAUGAGCAGGCUGCAAACAUGAGAUCUCAAAUAAACCUUUUAUGGGGUAAAAUUCUGUAUGAGCGAUCUAUUGUUGAAUUCAAAUUAGGGCUUCCUGUCUGGAAAGAAUGCUUGGAGGUUGCAGUUGAAAAAUUCGAACUUGCAGGAGCUUCUCCAACAGACAUUGCUAUCAUGAUAAAGAAUCAUUGUUCCAUUGGAACUGCAGUGGAAGGCUUGGGUUUCAAAAUUGAUGAGAUAAUACAGGCAUGGAAUGAGAUGUAUGAUGCUAAAAGAUGGCAGAGUGGCAUUCCAUCUUUCCACUUGGAACCAUUAUUUAGGCGGCGGGUUCCAAAUAUUCAUCAUAUCUUGGAGAGCAUGUGAAUCAGGGUCUGAACUGAAAUUGCAUAGAACAUUGGAAGAUUCAGAUUCACUCCUCCAUUGUCUGGAAUCUGCACUGAUGCUGACUUAGAACUCCUUGCUACCUGGACUGUCAUUUGAGUACUUGUGAAGGAAAGAAGGUUUAAGUUUUGCAGUGGAGUUUUCUGCAUCAAGCUAAGGAGCUGUUGUAUCAAUUACUUUCUAUUUUGGGGAGAAUAUCAUACCACAAGGAUCAUAUAAAGAAGCAGAAAUUUCUUUUUUCUGGUUUCUGCAUCUUCACAGAGUUUCAAGUAGUAGGUAGAUGAUUGGAUUUGUAAUUUAUUCUUGAAGUAGAUCUUAUAAAUGAUUUAUGGACUCUUUUAGUUCAAAAGUUCUGUAAUUUAUUCAUGUAUUGUCAAUUUGCCAAUUUGCAAUUUUUUCAGUUCAUUUCAUUGUAG